UCAGGAGAGAAUGCUUCUGGAACAUGGCCAGAAAACUCACAGCAACCCAGUGAUUCCGGCCAUGAAAUCCUUCGACGAAGUUAUGCUUGAAUUAGGCAAAUAAUGAAUCCCCUUCCCCAAAAAAGUAUUGACAUUAUUUGGUAUUGAGGCAACAGGGGAGGUGCCUACAAAGGGUUCAAAUUAUGUGACUGGCCCUUUAAGCCAGUUAUUUAGCAGCCUAUAGGUCAGUUAAGGAAGCAGAGAACGAAUGCUGUAAUCUGAUUGGUUGGAACUGAAGUUGUACACUUUCUGUCUCCAAGCAUGAAGAUGAGAGAAAUUUCUCCAUGUGGGGACUCAUGUCCUGAUUGGCUGAGGUAUGCAAAGGAGGGAAAAUAUUUGAUUGGUCAGCAUUCCAGAAGGCAGCAGUGAUUGGUUCGGAAUGAGUGACCCUAUUCCCAGCUGUUGCUUUGCGCCUUCACUUGUUGUCAGGAGGUGGAGCGUGUCAGAUAGGCGGUCUUUGCUGUCAGAUUUUAUUUUAUUUUAUUUAGGCCUGACGCAUUAAUCGAUUGAAGGCAAUUGAAGAUUAAUCAGUCCCUUCUGCCUGAAAAAGGGGGCAUCACCUGCGACACAGAAAGCACUCUCUUUCCGUCACCACAGUUUCGUGGUGUCUGAAAGUUUUACAAAGUUCCCGGCACAAAAAUUAAAAAAAAUGUUUUAUUAUCCCAACGUUCUCCAGCGUCAUACUGGAUGUUUUUCGACAAUUUGGUUGGCAGCGACGGGCGCGACCAAGCUGAUGAAGCGAGAGUACUUGAAAGUCAACGUCCCACAAACCUGCGAGGACAUCAUGGAUUUCAUCCUGGUUCGGGUCCCAGCACCCGUCCCUGGCGCACCCAAGCCUCGCUUCUCGCUCUAUCUCUCUGCUCAGCUCCAAUAUGGAGUGGUCCUGGUUUACAUCCGCCAGUGCCAGUACCUUUUCGAGGAAAUUCAGCAUAUCUUGGAACGGCUUCAUCGGACCCAACAACAGAUCCGUAUUGACAUGACAGAUCUGGAGCAGCCAGGGCUGCUUCUGCCCAACCAGAUGGCCAUAAUGGAAGCCUUGGAAGAAGCCCCCAAUCCAUUUUUCGGCCUGAUGGAGCCCCUGCUUCCCAGCCCCAUUGACAUCCCACAUGUCCGCUACAUCUUAGAAGCUCCGACUCCAGAGAGAACCCCUCCAGGAGCCUCUCCUUCUCCCCAGCAUCGGAGGACAGCCGAGCCGCACAUCACCGUCUCCCCGGACGCCAUCACGCUCAAGGAGGCUGAGCCCAUCGUCUUGCUGACCAUCGAGGGGGAGCAAGACCUCCCUGAAAUCACCGCCCGGGAGAUUGACAUGUUGGUGGAACAAGAGGGCUUUCAAGUGGUGUUGGGCGAAGAGGACGCCUUCCUAUCACCCCGGAGAAGACGUGCCGAAGAAGAGUCUGCAGAGAAAGCCAGGCAGCAGGAGCACUUUCUGUCUUUGGAGCUGUCGCCUCCCACGCGGAUUAAGGAGGGGUCUUCAGCUGCAAAGGACACAGGACUUGUCUUGACAGAGGAGCCCCUGCUUCCAGGAGAAGCCCCUUUGCUGCCUUUGGAGAUGACACCCAUCCCAGAAGGACCAAAGAUGCCUCCGCCUCCCCCUUCGACCCUCGUCAGCCCCGGGUUGGAGCGUCCGCAUCCAUCGAGCCCUGAGCUUAUUCUGCCGGAAUAUGAACCGUCCCCAACUCGACCCCGUCGCCGGCGAAGGCAGCUCCGCUACCUUGAUGACAUCACCCAGAUUUCCCGGGAAGACUUCCAGGAGCAGAUCACCAACACACAGGCCCAGUGCCAGCCCCUGGACAUGGUUCUGCUGCCAGCCAAGAGGCAGAAAACAGCAGCAGAUCUUCUAGGAAUGGCAACUUACGGAUGGAUGCACCCCACCCUCCAGGGUCUCUGGUCCCAACGGGCCAAACUCCAGCGCAUGGAUUAUGCCCGGAAGAGAGCAUUAGAGAAGCAAGCACAGAGAGCGGAGGAGGAGGAGGAAGAGAGGAUGCAAAAGGCAGAGGUGCUCAGCGAGUUGGAGGGGCUUCGGGCAGCAGAAGAGGUGAGCGUGCCCCCCAUGGCCUCCUCAGAAAUUUCUCUCGAGACGACCGGAGAAGAACAGCGUCCGAGCCUGGUGAUCGCUGAAGAAAGGUAAAGGUUCCCUUUCCUUCCUGCCUUCCUUCCUUUCCCUCCCUCCUUCCCUCACCUUCUCCCCUCUCAUCUUCCUUCCUUCCUUCCUUCCUUCCUUCCUUCCUUCCUUCCUUCCUUCCUUCCUUCCUUCCUUCC